AUGGUCAAAAAAGCCAUCGAUUCAAGAAUCCCUACGCUAAUAAAAAAUGGAGUACAGAAAAAACACCGUACGUUCUUUAUAAUUGUCGGGGACAAGGGAAGAGAUCAGGUAGUUAAUCUACAUUGGAUACUUUCACAAGCUCAAGUGACUGCAAGACCAUCAGUAUUGUGGUGUUAUAAAAAAGAUUUAGGCUUUACUAGUCAUCGUAAGAAAAGAGAAAAAAAGAUUCGAAAAGAAAUAAAACGCGGUAUAAGAGAGCCUAAUGAGGAAGAUCCUUUUGAAUUAUUUGUUUCAGUAACGAAUAUUCGUUAUACAUAUUAUAAAGAAACACAUACGAUAUUGGGUAAUACAUUCGGAAUGUGUGUAUUACAGGAUUUUGAAGCUUUAACUCCAAAUUUGUUGGCACGUACCAUUGAAACAGUAGAAGGUGGUGGGAUAAUAGAUGUUCAUUCUCGUUAUCGAACAGAAGCUCAUGAUGAUGUGACUGCACGUUUUAAUGAAAGGUUCAUCCUUUCCUUAGGAUCUUGUGAAAAUUUUAUAGUGACUGACGAUGAAUUAAAUGUAUUACCAAUAUCAGCAGGAAAAAAUGUGAAACCAUUGCAAUUAAAAUCACCUGAAGAAUCAAUGACAGAACAGCAAAUUCAACUUAAAGAAUUGAAAACAUCUUUAGCAGAAACACAACCAGUAGGUUCACUUGUCGCUACUGCUAAGACACUUGAUCAAGGAAAAGCUAUCCUUACUUUCAUUGAAGCCAUAUCAGAAAAGAAAUUGCGUAGUACUGUCACUCUUACUGCUUCUCGUGGUCGUGGUAAAUCAGCUGCUCUUGGAAUAGCAAUUUCUGCUGCUGUUUCCUACGGAUAUUCUAAUAUUUUUGUUACAUCACCAAGUCCUGAAAAUUUGAAAACAUUAUUUGAAUUCAUUUUCAAAGGAUUUGAUGCUUUAGAAUAUGAAGAACAUCUAGAUUAUGAUAUAAUACAAUCAACAAAUCCGGAUUUCAAUAAAGCUAUUGUUAAAGUAAAUAUUUUUAGGCAGCAUCGGCAGACAAUUCAAUACAUUCAACCCCAGGAUGCUCAUGUGUUAGGACAAGCGGAAUUAGUCGUGAUUGAUGAGGCGGCAGCAAUUCCUUUACCGUUUGUAAAAAAUCUUAUUGGUCCCUACUUAUUAUUUAUGGCAUCGACUAUAAAUGGGUAUGAAGGCACCGGAAGAUCAUUAUCUCUCAAACUUAUUCAGCAACUUCGUGAACAAUCUAAAGGAUUUAUUGGCAAAGAAGUUCGUACUUCUAUCAAACGUGAUGGCAAGAUCAAAAAAGAUGCAAUAUCUUUUAUUGAUGGAGUAUCAGCAGGUGGUCGUAUACUUCGAGAAAUUAAACUUGAAGAACCGAUUCGUUACGGACCAGAAGAUCUCGUUGAGAAAUGGCUUAAUAAAUUAUUGUGUUUGGAUGCGAAUAUUAUUUCUAAGAAUAUUCAAGGAUGUCCUCACCCACAACAAUGUGAACUUUAUUACGUAAAUCGUGAUACCUUAUUUUCUUUUCAUCCAGUAUCAGAAACAUUUUUACAACGAAUGAUGGCACUUUAUGUUGCUAGUCAUUAUAAGAAUUCCCCCAACGAUUUACAAUUGAUGUCAGAUGCACCCGCACAUCAUUUGUUUGUUUUGUUACCACCCGUAAAAGAUGGUGAUAAUUCGUUACCUGAUCCUCUUUGUGUUGUUCAGGUAUGUUUAGAAGGUGAAAUUUCCCGUCAAGCGGUUAUGAACAGUUUAAAGCGUGGAACACGAGCUAGUGGAGAUUUAAUACCGUGGCUGAUUUCACAGCAGUUUCAAGAUGAUGAUUUUGCUAGUUUGUCUGGAGCUCGUAUCGUUAGGAUUGCAACUCAUCCUGACUACAUAAAGAUGGGAUAUGGAUCACGAUGUCUGGAAUUGUUAAUUGAAUUUUAUCAAGGAAAAUUUGCAUCUUUAGAUGAAAAUGAAAAUUAUCAAGAAGAAAAUAUGACAAGGGUUGAUGAUGCAGAAUUAGAAAAUGCAGAUCUUCAUAAGGAAGAGAUUAAAAUACGGGAUCCUCGCAAAAUGCCACCUCUUCUUUUAAAACUUUCAGAGAAGCGCCCAGAUAGAUUACAUUAUAUUGGUGUUUCUUAUGGUUUAACUCCUCCCUUACACAAAUUUUGGAAAAGAGCAGGAUUUGUUCCACUUUAUUUAAGACAAACAACAAAUGAACUAACUGGUGAACACACAUGUGUAAUGUUAAAAGCAUUAAAAUCUGAUGACCUUAUUGUUAAAUGUAAUCCAGAAUGGCUUAAAGCAUUUUCGAAAGAUUUUCACAAAAGAUUUUUAAAUUUGUUGUCUUAUCAAUUUCGAAAUUUUCCUAGUGUCUUGUCAUUAAGCAUAAUGGAAGCUUCUGAAAUUGGAAAUGAAUCUACAAAUAAUAAUAGUGAACGAGCUUAUGAUCUUAAACGACUUGAAUCAUAUGCUAAUAACAUGUUAGACUAUCAUGUAAUAUUAGAUUUGCUUCCAACAAUAGCUCAUUUAUAUUUUGAAAAUAAAUUUGGUAAAACAAUAAAAUUUUCUGGUGUUCAAAGUUCAAUAUUGUUAGGUAUAGGUUUGCAGAGAAAAGCUAUUGAAGAUUUGGAGAAGGAACUUUUACUCCCUUCAACACAAAUUUUGGCAUUAUUUAUAAAAAUCAUUCGAAAAGUUUCUUUAUAUUUUCAUUCAUUAGAAACAUCUGUGUUGCAAAAUGAGAUACCUGAUGAAACAACAGUUGUGAAGAAAAAAAGAGCUACAAAUAUCAAUAAGUCAACACAUGAAGAUAGUAUAUCGGCAACAUCUUCAUCCCGAAAUGGUAAUGUAGAAGAUGAUGCAGAUGCAUCGUGGGAUCCAGUGUCAAAAACUUUGGAUGAAGAUUUAGAAGAAGCUGGUGAUGAAAUUAAGAAACAAAUGAGAGAAAAUCAAAGAGAAUUAAUAAAUUCAUUGGACCUUUCAAAAUAUGCUAUAGAUGAAGCAUCGGAAGGUUGGGAAGCAGCAGAAUCCCAAAUUCAUGCAAUGACUUCGGGUAAGAAACAAAAUACUUUGACAAUUGUGAGCAUCAAAAAUUUGGAAUCAAAAAAAAAACGGAAAUUCACAGAUACUGCGGCCAAUAGUUUAAUUCAUGAAGAGAAAAAAAUGAAGCAAAGUGGUGGGAAAAAAUUUCAUAAGAAAUCGAAAAAGACUUGA